UAUACUCCCACUACUACCACUAUUAUCUGUUCUUGAAGAAACGUUUCAAGCUUGAAAACCAACAUGUCAAACAACGGGUACUACGGCCAAGGCUACGACGGCGCACAGCAGCCUUAUGGGCAGCAGUCCUAUGGACAGCAAGGCGACCAGUACAACCAGGGUCACGACUCGUAUGCGCAGGGACAGGGCGCCUAUCCUCCCUCGCAUUCGCCUUACCAAGCUCCUCAGCAGCACGGUUACGGCGCCCCUCCCCAAGGCCAGUACGACCAGGGCUACGACCAGAACCGCGGUCACUCUCCUUACCCACCGCCUGCGCAACACCAACAAUACCCACCUCAACAGCAGCAUGGGUACGGUGAUCAACAGCAGCAUGGAUACGGCGGUCAACAACAGCACGGCUACGGCGAUCAACAACAACAACACCUACAACACCAACAACACCAACAAGGGUAUGGCGAGCAACAACAGCACGGAUAUGGGGAUCAGCACCAGCAGCCGGGCUACGGUCAGCAGCAGUAUGGCCAACCGGGCGCACCGGGCGGUGCUGCAGAGGGCGACCGCGGUCUUGGAUCCACGCUCAUGGGAGGCGCUGGCGGGGCUUUCCUCGGUAGCAAGCUCGGUGGUGGAGCGCUGGGCACCAUUGGAGGACUGGUCGCUGGCGCUAUUGGCGCGAAUAUGUUGGGUGACAAGAAAGAGGACAAGAAGAAGAAGCACAAGAAGCACGGCAGUGGUUCGUACCAGGGAUCAUCAUAUGCCGGUUCCUCUGCUGGACUCGGUGGUCUGUAUGCGGGAAGUAGCCAUGGGGGCCACAAGAAACAUAAGAGCAGGAGCCACAGCCGGGGUGGUAAAAGCUCUUCAUCGUCAUCGAGCGACUCGGACUGAGCGUUAUGUUUUGAAGGGAAUGCCUGCUCAGUAUGAGUCGUUUGCUAUGCCUCUAAUUGGUCAACCUGUCUUACACAAAAGUUUUCUUCGCAAAAGGUUGUUAUCCGUUUGAAAGGCACGUUGGAUUUCAUCUUGCGCAACCGUCUGUGAGCUAUGUCAAGUGCGCGCGAAAGCUUCGAAAAGAUUCCUUAGAAUACUGCCACAACCCAAUCCG